AUGUUUUUCCUUAAAGACUUGUCACUCAACCUAACCCUCCAUCCGUCCUACUUUGGACCCCAGAUGGACCAAUACUUGCGAGACAAACUAUUGAGCGACGUGGAGGGAACGUGCACGGGUCAAUUCGGAUACAUUGUGUGUGUUUUGGAUUGCAUGAACAUCGAUGUAGGUAGAGGAAGAAUCAUUCCUGGUUCGGGCCUGGCAGAGUUCGAGGUCAAGUAUAGGGCGGUGGUGUGGAAGCCGUUCAAGGGCGAAGUUGUCGAUGCGGUGGUGACCACGGUCAACAAGAUGGGUUUUUUCGCGGACGUGGGGCCGUUGUCUGUGUUUGUCAGUACACACUUGAUUUCGUCCGACAUGAAGUUCAAUCCCAGCGCAAACCCGCCUGCGUACGUGAGUCCGGACGAGACCAUCGAGAAGGGCUCGCGCGUGCGGUUGAAGAUUGUAGGUACGAGAACCGACGUCAAUGAGAUCUAUGCCAUUGGAAGUAUAAAGGAGGACUACUUGGGGCCAAGUCCUAUGUAA